UAUCUCUUCUCCAUGCGAAUGGCAUUCCCAUCAAACCCAUCAUCUUCUUCUUCUUCUUCUUCUUCUGACGCCUCCUCAUUAUACCCAGAUCCAUUUCAUGCAAAUGUUUCUAACUUUGUUUCUGUGAAGCUUUCCAGUGAACGAAACUACCGUCUAUGGGAGAAGCAGAUAGGGUGCCUCCUGAAGAGUUACAAUCUGCUUGGCAUUGUAUGUGAACCAAUUACCCCAGACCUCAUUACCCGAUUUGACGGACUUGUCAAGGGUUGGAUUUUUGGUUCGAUUAGUGAAGAGCUACUUGACAAUGUUGUCGAACUUGAAUCAGCUAAAGCAGUUUGGGACAAACUAGGAUCUAUCUACUGUCCGGCUAUAAUGAUUCCUCAAACAGGCCAAAUCAAGAUCACACGCAACAAGGAGUCGUUAAUGCUUAAGGCUAUAUUGAAAGGGAAAUGGCAGGAAGUAAAAUCCAAACUAAAAGAAGAUAAAGCCGCAGCCACAGAGGCAAUAAACAGUGAUGGGAACACAGUGCUUCAUAUAGCUGUUGGAAUAGGUCGUAACAUUCUGGUCAAUGAAAUAUUAUCUUUAAUAGAACCCGGACAAUUACCUAAUAUUGUAAAUGUAUAUGGAAGCACUGCCCUUCACAUUGCAGCAAUCGUUGGCAACACAGAAGCAGCAACGCUCUUGAUUAAAAAAGACAGAAGUUUGUUGGAAAUUGAAAACACUAAAUGUGAAACACCUUUGCAUAAAGCUUUUCAAAAUAUGCAUCUUGACACCAUUGAUUGUUUGUUGAAAGCUAUCUUCGAUGAUAUAAAAGGAAAGAAAAUGACUUUUCCUUUAGCGAAUUCUGUUGUAAACCAAGGCGUUAACCUUCUUGUUAAUGCUGUUUCUGCAAAAAAAUAUGAUUUAGCAACAGAGUUAGUCAAAAGUUCACCAGAUUGUGCUGUGCAAUCUGAUGAUGUACUUCUAGCAAUAGCUAAAACUUUCCCAAUUGGGCUGGAUUACUGGGAAACACUUAUUUAUCCAAGUAUGGGUGAUAUCUGUGAAAGGAUAGUCAAGAGAGCCAAGGACUCGUUUAAAAUAUUAGUAGACUACUACGAAGGCAUGAUGUCUUUAAUGGAAGAUAUACCUGACGACCUGAUCAUUGGUACCAUACGACUGCUACAAUACUUCACAUUGAAAGGUCCAUUAGCGGUGCUUGCUUGGAUUUAUUUCAUGAUUCGCCUACUCAUAUUGAUGCUUUAUUUUCCAUUCAUUAUGUUUUAUUUCCUCUUCUGGAAGGUUGCAACAAGAGUAGUUCCACGCAUUAAUAAUAUCGAGAAGAAAAUGAAGGAACAGAAAGAAGCAAAAGAAGUUCUAAACUUGGUAUGUGAUGAAAUAGAGAAGUUGGAAUUUGAUGUUUAUCCUCGGAACUUUUACAUCAGACCAAUUCUUGAGGCUGCAUGUCAAGAUAUUUAUGAGGUUGUUGAUGAAAUUUUAAUGAGAUCCCCUGAAGCAAUUCGAUAUAAAGAUGAGAAUGGGUAUGACGUUAUACAGUUAGCAGUUAUCCACCGUUCAGAAAAAGUCUACAACCUUAUCCAUACCAUUGGGGAGCGUAAGAGUGUUUACAGAAUGAUCGAAGAUUCUUCUAAGAACAAUAUGUUGCACUUGGUUGGAAGAUUACCUCCUUUGCAGAAACUCAGACAAAGAAAAGGCCCAGCAUUACAACUACAGAGAGAGCUUCACUGGCGCCAGGAAGUGGAGAAGCUCGUGUUACCCACUUGCACUACAAAAGAGAACACUUUCAAAGAGACACCAGAUAAGGUGUUCAGAAGGGAGCACGAAAAUAUGGUGAAGGAAGCAGAAAAGUGGAUGAAAGCGGUAGCAGAAUCAUGCAGCAUCACUGCAGCACUAAUUACCACAAUUGUGUUUGCGGCAGCCAUUACAGUACCAGGUGGAAGCAAUCAAGAAACAGGCAUCCCUGUGUUUACAAAAGAAAUUGCUUUCACGAUAUUUGCAAUAACAGAUGCAAUCUCACUAUUUGCAUCCAGCACAGCAUUACUGAUGUUCUUGUCGAUCCUCACAGGAAGUUUUGAUGAGAGAGAUUUUCUAGUCAUUUUGCCAAGACGACUGAUGAUUGGUCUUUGUGCGUUGAUGCUAUCUACAACUGCCAUGAUGGUGGCCUUUGGGGCAACGUUGUUCCUUGUCUUUUGUCAUAAAAGACCAUGGAUGCUUGCUCCAAUUUGUGUAUUAUCUUCGGUCCCGAUUGCAACUUUUGGUAAACUUCAAAUCCCCCUCAUAUUAGAUCUCUGUCGGUCGACUUAUGUAAACAUCUUUGGCAUUCCAAACUAAUUGUUCAGGAUGAGAAUUUAUUAAGUGUCAGAGUGUGUUUGGUUGGAUGGAAUGAAAUGAAUUAACUAAUGAAA